CUGGGGAUUAGUAGAGGAGUACACAAGAUGAGGACGCAAGUACCCUUGAAAGCGAAAGGAACUACUCGAGUUAACAAUCAACAGGUGGUUUUUGAUCUUAAACAGCGUGUAGUUCUUGCAUUAAAUAAGCUUGCAGAUAGGGAUACUUACCAGAUUGGGGUUGAGGAGCUCGAAAAAACAAUCAAAUGUUUAACUCCAGAUGGGGUUGCCCCCUUUUUAUCUUGCAUAUUGGAUACUGAUUCAGAGCAGAAGUGUACGGUUCGUAAGGAAUGUAUUAGACUAAUGGGUGUAUUAGCAAAUUUCCAUGAGGGCCUUAUUGGUCUGUACCUAGGAAAGAUUGUUGCUAGUAUUGUUAAAAGGCUCAAGGAUACGGAUUCUGUUGUAAGGGAUGCAUGUGUGGAGGCAGUAGGUGUUCUGGCCUCUAAGUUAAGCGUUGGUGAGGGGGUAAAUGAUGGAGUUUUUAUUGUGUUAGUAAAGCCUCUUUUCGAAGCCUUGGGCGAACAAAACAAGCAGGUGCAGUUUGGUUCAGCACUGUGUUUAGCCCGGGUCAUUGACAAUACCCAUGAUCCGCCAGUUUCAAUUUUGCAGCGGAUGUUGACAAGAACUAUUAAGUUGCUCAAGAAUCCACACUUCAUGGCAAAACCAGCAGUCAUUGAGUUGAAUAGCAGUAUCAUUCAGGCGGGGGGUGCCCUAACGCAAAAUGCUUUAUCUACUGCGAUGACUAGCAUGCAAGAAGCUCUCAAGAACAGUGACUGGAUGACACGCAAAGCUGCUUCUGCAUCAUUAGGGCACAUUGCUGGUGGUGGUGGAUCUUUCUUUGGUUCUUUCAGGUCUUCUUGCAUUCGUUCCCUUGAAUCAUGUCGCUUUGACAAGGUUAAACCUGUUAGAGACACAGCACUGCAAGCCUUACAUCUAUGGAGAAGUCUCCCAGGGCCUGAUACACCUGAACCAUCUGAAGCUGGAUCUUCAAUCAAAGGUUUGGUGGCUCACCCUAUUUUUCAAAGUGUCAAAGUAGUAGCUGCACUUGCUUAA